AUGAAGGCAAAGGUACUCGUCACUGGUGCUAGUGGGGUUUUGGGCAAUGCUGUGUAUAAUGCAUUCAAGAAAUCGUCGACGAACUAUGAAGUGAAAGGACUCGCGCAUUCCCGUCCUACCGAUGAGCUAAUUCCUCUCGAUCUUACGGAUGAAGCUAAAGUCAAGGAGUUGAUUUCAUCCUUUGAGCCUGAUUGGGUGGUACACUGUGCGGCGGAACGCCGGCCAGAUGUAGCAGCAAAAAAUCCCGAGGCAACUAGAACGAUAAAUGGCCUAGUUCCCCUAACCCUCUCAACCUUCUCUGCUUCCCCUUCUCACCCAUUCACGCUCAUUUAUAUCAGCACGGAUUAUGUCUUCGACGGAACUUCACCGCCCUACGAAGUCGACGCAAAGCCCAAACCACUUCAGUUUUACGGAGAGACGAAAUAUGGUGGUGAACAGGCUACCCUUGGCGUGACGUCGGAAUACGGAAGACGAGUUGUCUUGCGGGUUCCCGUACUUUAUGGACCUGUGAAAGUAAACUCAGACUCGGCCAUCAACAUUCUAUUAGAUGUGGUAAGGGAUCAGUCCGGAAAGCAGUACACGAUGGAUCACUAUCAAACAAGGUAUCCAACGAAUGUUCUCGACAUUGCAGACUUUCUCGUGCGGCUUGCAGAUACCUUCCCAAAUGGGGGCAGCAGCCAACGCCGGCUACCUCCCAUACUCCACUAUUCAGCACCUGAGCCGUAUACUAAAUACGAGAUGUGCCUCAUUCUGGCUGCACUUUCCAACCCACCUCUAUCGCACGCUCAUAUCACCCCGGAUGAGACCGAACCGAUAAUUAUGCCCGGAAGGGUGGGCCGACCAAGGGAUUGUCAAUUGAGUGUGCGGAGUAUUGAGGAUCCCGUGGAAGAGGGAGGGUUGGGAAUGAGCUUGGAUACCCAGGGUUUUAAAGAGUGGUGGGAAGAGGAGUUGUUGAGGGGCGUGUCAAGUAACAGCGGCAAUAUUUGA